UACAAUUACUUAAAUUAGUCAUCAGAAAAACGUUUGACAAUUGUCGCGCAGUAUAUGGCGUCACAAGACAGCUGGUGAUUGCUGAAGUCCGUUGCAAAGUCGGAAACGCGGGAGGCACGAAUAUUGUUUGCCAAUAACUUCGGCUUGAUGUGUUGUACUAUGUGGAAGUCAUGAUACGUAUGCAUAAUUAUCUGACAGUAUUAGUGUUUAAAUGCCUGGAAAUGACAUUGAAUUAGUACCGCAAGUACAACUUGUGUGAUUGUACUGAAUUGUACCUUUACGGACGUAUAAUCGCUGGUUAUUGUCAAGUGUUUCAGUGGUUGUACUGUGUGUGUGUGUAUGGGAGCUGUUAAUGACAGUAAGAAACGCAGUCCCGGAGGUUCGACGCGUACCAAACCAGACGUCUCAGAAGUUGCAGUGCGGAAUUGGGACCUUAACUAGUAAAGAUGUCUGGCUUUGCUUCUGGAAAUUUUGAAACUUCAUUUUCAUUGAAUUGUUCAGAUGUUUUGCAACAGGUGAAGAGCCGUUUGCCUCUGUAUCACUUGACUGAGGAAGACAUUGUUUCAAAACCACAGUUUUGUAAACUGUUGCAGAGCCUGUCACAGCACGUGGAUGAGACCGGCUUGAGCCAUGUACUAACUGAGCGCCAUCGAGAGGUGGAGAAAGAGUAUAAACAGCAGAAGCAGGUCUGGCUAAGGUCUGAGAUCCUCUAUAGGACCAUUAAGGAGAUGCUGAAGGAUUUCUAUGUUGGAGAAAAUAGUGGUAAAUUUUCAGAGGAAGAUAAAAAGUUCUAUGAAGUCUUGGAACAAAGCAUGAUAAUCAUGGAGUGUACAAGGUGCCUGGAUCCAAGUGAGACAACGGCACAGGAGAAACCUCUGCUGCUGAACCUGGAAACACAGGAUCUUCUUGUAUUCAGGCCAAAGCAACAGGAUUUUCAAGCAAUGAAAGAAAGACUUGUCAAAGAAAUCGAGAUUAGGCUGAUGAAGAAGUGUUUUUCAGUUCUGUGCUAUCUUCACCCUGAAUACAUGGGUGACAGUGAUGUUUUAAAGUGUGCAAAAUCUUCAAAGCUACCCGAGAUGUUGAGAGAACUAAAAGAAAAGGUCCUAAGGGAGAAUUGCAAGCUGAAGGAACAAACGGCAACUCUAGAGAGACUAAGCUUCAUGUACUCCAUGGUUCUCUUAAAUUGUCUGAGUGUUCUGCACAAAUUAGCCAGAGACUGCAGACUGAAAGUUCAAUCAGAAGUGGACCAAAUAAAGACCCAGUACUUGGAGUCCAAAUGCAGUGCUACCUUUCUCAAGUUGAGAAAGGAGGAACUUGAAAUCCUGUUGAAUACCUACACUCCAGAGAAAAUUCAAGUUCAUCGAAAAAUAAGGGACACGUUGAAUGAGAUGGUAGCAAAGGAGGAGCAAGAAAAGGCAACUGUUUCAAAAAAUGUAAGUGCCUACAUGGUGCUAGGAAAGGAAUUUGAGGAACUGGUAAAUGAAUACAAGCAUCUGAGACUGGAGAUUGAAAACAAGAAGUGGGCUUUGCAAGAGUUCAUGAAAUCAUACGAGUGACUUUGAUGGCUCUGUAUGGUAGGAAGAAGUCACGAAAAAACAAGUUGUCAACACUUUCUUGGGGUAUUCAAGCUGGGUGGUGACAUGCUCGCAUUUAAAGUAUUUUGUAUCUUCAGAUCAUGGAGUACUGAGAGAUGAAAAACUGAAUCUGUUUAUAAUAAAGCUUUUCUGUGAUGAA